AUGAACUUGAGGCUUUUCUUACUAAAAAGGAUAAUCAGAAUGUCAUCUACAACAACUAGCGCAGCAAAGAAACCAACCGUUAAACAACCACAAUGGUACCAACCAGAAAACAAGAAUAAUGCUAAACCUACACUUAGGAUCUACAAUUCGUUGACACGUUCCAAGAAUGAGUUUUAUCCGAAUAAACCAGGUCACAUUACAUGGUAUAGUUGUGGUCCUACCGUUUACGAUCAUUCUCAUAUGGGCCAUGCUAGAAACUAUGUUUCAACAGAUAUUUGUAGAAGAAUCUUACAAGACUACUUUGGCUACAACAUCAAAUUCGUACAAAAUGUCACUGAUAUUGAUGACAAGAUUAUUAUAGCAGCUCGUCAACAAUAUUUAUUUGAAGAAAAAUUGGUCAAGAAUUAUAAAGAGAUCAAUGAUGAAUUGAAAACAAAAGCAACAGAGUAUUUGCAGUUUUAUGUUUCCAAAAAUUUACCAGAGUUUAAAGGCAAUUUAGCUAAAGAUUUUAUAACAUGGGGCAAUGAAAUUAAAAACUUGAGUGAAAUUAUUAAGGAGAAACCAAAAUUCCCAAUGUAUCUCAAGGCUGCCAAAGUGGCACAUGAAUCAAUUUAUGAAACAAAAGAUAUUUCGUUGGAGAAAUUCUUAGAUAGCAUUAAGGAUGUUGCUAUGCCUCAUUUAGAUAAAGAGUUUGGUGCCACCGUUACCGAUCCACAAAUUUUCAGAAAGUUACCUUCGUAUUGGGAAAAAAGAUAUAAUGAAGAUAUGGCCAGAUUAAAUGUCUUACCGCCAUCAAUCACCACCAGAGUAUCGGAAUAUAUGCCUGACAUCAUUGAAUUUGUUGACAAGAUUGUUAGUAAUGGAUAUGCAUACAAGACUGAUGAUGGGUCUGUUUAUUUCGAUACUGUGAAAUAUGAACACUCGCAGCAUGAUUACGCUAAAUUACAACCAUGGAGUAAAGGAGAUAUGAGCUUGAUUAACGAUGGUGAAGGGUCAUUGAGUGUGAGCAAUACCAAACGUAACGCAUCAGACUUUGCCUUGUGGAAAGCAUCGAAACCUGGUGAACCUGCUUGGGACUCAAAAUGGGGAAAAGGUAGACCAGGAUGGCAUAUUGAAUGUUCGGUCAUGGCUUCUGAUAUUACUGGAGAAAAUAUGGAUAUCCACUCUGGGGGUAUUGACUUAUGUUUCCCUCAUCAUGAUAAUGAAUUGGCUCAAUCCGAGGCAUACUUUGAUAAUAAGCAAUGGGUUAACUAUUUCAUGCAUAAUGGGCAUUUGCAUAUCCAGGGCCAAAAAAUGUCCAAGUCAUUGAAAAACUUUAUCACCAUAGAUGAAGCAUUGAAUGACUUUUCUGCAAGACAAUUGAGAUUAGUGUUUGCUUUGAAUGCUUGGGAAAAACCAUUGGAUUUCAAAGAUUCUCUUAUUAGUGAAGUGAAAUCUAUUGAGUCCACUUUUUCCAAAUUUUUCACAAACGUCCGUGCAUUGAACUCUGAUUAUAAACACAAAAUAGAAAAUGGUGGAUAUGUAUCAAGAAAGAUCACAGGUAUUGAAAAGCAAUUGUUCAAUGAUUUGGAAUGUGCACAAGAUGAAGUAGAUGUUGCUUUCAAUGACAACUUAUCAAGUGGACAAGCAAUUAGAGUUUUGCAAGAUUUAAUUUCUAAAUCUAAUAAUUACAUUCAAUUGACUUCUACUGGACAAACUGAAUUAAGAAUUGAAGUUUUAAUUCAAGUUACAAACUGGAUUGUUAAGAUAUUAGAAAUUUUGGGUUUUGAAGCUAGAUCAGAUAGAUUAGGCUGGAUAGACGAAUCAGAACAAACAAGUACUAAUGGAACUAGUACAGAAGAUGCUGCAUUACCAUAUGUCAAAGCACUAGCUCAGUUUAGAGAUUCUGUGCGUAGUUUGGCAAUCAAUAAAGCAGAAUUGAAUGAAUUCUUAAAAGCUUCAGAUGCCAUUAGGGCUCUGUUGAUUGGGUUAGGAGUUUCAUUAGAUGAUAAACCAGAUGGUACUUCCUUGGUCAAGUUUUUGAAUGCUCAAGAAAAACAAAAUUUGUUAGAUCAACAGGAAGCCAAAUUAAAACUAGCUGCUGAGAAAGAGAAAAAGAAACAAGAACAAGCAGCUCUUAAUGCAAAGAAAGAAGCUGAAAAGUUGGCCAAAAUGAAAAUCAGUCCUUUGGAUUUGUUUAAAGAUACAUCGUUAUACUCUGAAUGGGACGAGCAAGGAUUGCCUACUAAAGAUGUCAAAGGUGAAGAAAUAAGUAAGAGUAUGAAAAAGAAAUUGACCAAACAAUACCAACAACAGGAAAAGUUAUAUAAAGAGUAUUUGAAGACUGUUGAAGAAGCAAAGUAA